AUGCUCCCUUAUCAAGGUUGACGACGCGAGAAUCAAUCAACACCCCGGCCAUGAUGAUGGUUCGCAAUCAGGUGGGCAUCGACAGCCCCCGAAACACACCCCUGCAGUUAACCCAUGAUUUGCAUCGACUACGGAGUAACAUCUGUCCGUUCAGAGUACAGAAGUACAUGUCACGAACGUCUAAAUUGUCGUUCUAGGCCCGCGACCAGGUUAGGACUUUCUGCGUAUGAUCAGCUCUGGAUAUGUCUCCCCCCGGUCUACUUUGGACAUUUUCUUCUUCUCGAAUUCCGUUCCGCGAAUAGUCUGUCAAGCUUCCAUCUACACCCAUCAAAAAAGUUGUCGUCUCGCGAACAUGGUCUCAAAAACGACAGAAUCAACUGCGUACGCCAGGGUCGAGCCACGGUCGAGUUUGAAACGCCAAAGGUCCGCUCGUCUGUUUACCAUGACCGGAUCGCUAUUGGCAGGUCUCGUUCUCGCCAUUGUCCAGUGCAUAUUUUAUUGGUACUUGUCGGGUAAGACGGUGGGCAGCACGAUUCCCCAGGCCUGGGCCAGUCGCGUGGGAACGGCGCUCGCAUUUCUGGUGAAAUUACUCUUUGCGACGGCCGCCAGCACGGCAUACGUCCAGCGACAGUGGUUGGCUUUGUCCAAGACGUCUUUGAAGAUCCGUCAGAUAGAUUCAUUGACCGGGAUAUUGAGCAACCUUUUAUUGUUUAGAGAUUUCAACCUCUGGUGGACGCAUCCACUCCUCUCGUGUCUUGCCACGAUUACCUGGCUCAUACCAUUGGCUGCCAUCAUCGCGCCCGGUUCUUUGUUGGUGACUUUUGAAGCCCGACACAACACGACAAAUGUCAAGGUACCCCAGUAUGCCUUCAACUACGCGGCGUACGGUCAGUACGACGGCUUCGAUCCACAGACCGGCGCCGCCUACUUGGUGGAAGCAUCGAUUCCCCUGCGACGCGUGACUAUGUCGACAGCCACAUCGGGACAAAUAUCACCCAUGCAGGCGGUUUUCCAAAACUACACAUACAAUCAACAAUUCCACGCACCUGCCCUUCGAUGUUUCGGGGCCAACGGCACAAUCAUCACCAACCUGACUACCAGUCUCGAUCAGGCGUUUGCGGUGGAGGAGUACCUCCGAUUUCUGGCCUUCACGCCCAAUUCGGCCCUGGAUCUCUCUGCACCAACCAACAUCACCAAAUGGGAAGACAGCACUCUAUACUCGGGCAUGGACACGGUUUCCGAGGAUGUCUUUCGGUUGUUCGUCGUACCCAACACCAACGACACCAAUUCAAACUUGAACCAAACCGUCGAAUGUAAUCUGCAAAACGCGUCCUACACGGCGCUUUUUAAUUUUACAAACGGACGUCAAUCCGCACACGUCUCACAAGUCGACAUGCUCAACGAGGUCGCUCCGAUGACGGAGGUGGGAGGAGAGGCAGAUUACCUGCAGAGAGGAGGAGGAGGUGUGUCGCCAUUCAACUCGACCAAGGCCGGCUACGUAGGAGUCAUGCUCGCCUUCACCCGCCUGCUGGUGGGUUACGGACAGGAAUCUCACUACGGUGGUUCGACGACGACCUUUAGCAGUUUCGACAUGACCUCGGUCAAUUGGACUACGAUGGAUUCUUCUAUCCAAGGCCUCGAGCAGUUGUUUCAGAACAUGACAUUGAGCGUCUUGUCCGUUCCUACUCUCACAAAGGAUGAGACGAGUGCCGAAGAAGUCGCCGUGGACGUUCAAACUUUCCCCCUGACCUAUUCCUUCGAACCGGCGGAUGUUCUGAUCGCUUACGGACUCGCCUUUGGAUUUUCGUUGCUGAGCGUGGUUUUGGGUACUCUGGCCGUCAUUUUCCAGGGCGGAAGUUAUCAAAACACCUUUUCUACCUUUCUGCGAGUCACUCGAGGUGUGAGUUUGAAUCAUAGUGGCCCGAUACUACUACCACAGGAGGAACCGGACGACGGAAUGGACCCAUUACCUCGGAGCGUCGGAGAUACGAAGCUUCGGUUACCUGCUGCUGCCGCCCCUUCUGUUUCGGGACGAGAAUCUGGAGGAGGAGUGGAUGAUGCCGUUCAAAGAGUGGUCCAGCAUAGCCAAACAAUAUGAUCAGAUUCCUGCCGCAAAUAAGGGGGGAAGAGAUUUACCAUUUGUAUGUUGACAAGCUGAUUUGAAUCAAUUGAUUUAUCCAGG